AUGACUGCAGUUUUGGAUUCCUCCAGGCCGUUCUCCACAGAGCUACAUGUCAUCAGACAGCUGAAUUCUAGUCUGUACGGAGCUGGUGGCAGACAUGGACUGGGACCCGGGCGAGAACACUCUCCCUUUGCUCGAUUUCAUGCCCCUACUGAACACGUUACCCUGGCUCCUUUACGAGAUGACGUCCCCCUGCUGGAUCCUUGCUGUGGACAGCUGAGUGCUGGAGCGGAGGUAGAGCUGGGGGUCAAAGGUCGACAGAAAUUCAUAGAUUUCCAUCAUGUGGCCUCUGCUCUGUGGGUCCCUCCAGGUUUCAGUGAGAGGCCACAAACAGCCUUAAACCCCUCCAGUACCUGUGUAGAUCUGAGAGAAGACAAGGCCUGGAAUUCCAGGAGGAUCCCUGAUGCAGCCUGGAGAGCAAGACUCAGUGGGAUUUUGAAACUGUGCAGCCUGGAGUCAGAUAAGCUGAUGAGUUACGAGGAUGUUGGAUGGGAUAGAAAGUUAACCCGGCACUUGAAGGCACCACAAACUCCCAGGGAGAAAAUGGCAGAUCCAGUGAGUGAGUGUCCCUCAUCGAGGCGCUAUAGUAGUGGACCUCAGUUGUGGCAGUCUGUAGGAGCUGAGUGGAACAGACAGCAGCUUCGACUGAGGAAUGAUGCCAAGAAACCCGUUUCAUUCUGCAGUGGAUGUCCCAGGUCCGGUCAGAUCCCUCUGUACACUGGUACAGUCGGCUCUGAGAACAUGGAUAACAUUGACAACAUGGAUGAAGACUUUCACCCACUGACCCUUAAAAGGAGUAUCAUACCUCCAUACACGUCAACAGCAUGCCGACCCACCAUCCCUGGAUAUACAGGCAAGGCUGUCUAUGCUAGCUCUGCUGCUGGUGCUGUAGUUUCUGUCUCCAGCACUGCAGACUCCUCUGGGACAAUCAAAGAAACACCGGGUGCUACUUUUGGCCGUGCAGCACCCCUCUCCCGAAUGGUGACCACCGUGACCCCCCGCAACCCCUUCCUGAGACCUGCACCUCCUGCCUCGCACUCAAACGCACCAGGACACAUUAGACAAAGCAGAUGAAAAAGUUUUGAAGGUGUCAGCCUUCUUUUUAUGCCAUCCAAUCUGUUUAUAUGAAUACAGCUAUAAUGAUGUGAUGUCAGUGACUGAUUCGGAGUGAGUUGGAGAAUAAUGAGAUGCCCCAUUAUCAUAAUUUCCCUGAUUUAGAUGAGUGGUUUUCUAAGUCUGGGUGGUGAGCUCUCGCAUUGUCCUUUUAAACAUUCACGCUCUCACUGGCUUACUGUGUAUGUGUGUGUGUGUGUGUGU